GUAGGUGAUUAUGUUCUCUCCCCUGGAAUAGCUGUGGAGAGAAAAGCACUUGAUGAUCUGACACAAUCUCUCCAAUCUGGAAGAAUGUUACGGCAUUAUGCUAACUCGGUGCUUUUGAUUGAGUCAAAUCGGAAGUUUGAGUCAAAAAUCGUUAACGGUGGUCCUUUCCAGGGAGAACUGACGCGACAUUGUCGCGAAAUAAGAGCUCUACUCUGUUCGCUGUUACGAGCCACUCCUAAGCUGAAGUUGAUAUGGUCACUGUCACCAGCAAAUUCUGCUGAAUACUUUGCGGAAAUGAAACUCAAUCGAGCUGAGCCUGAUCCGGAAAAAGCUGUUUCCUUGCGAGGGGAUGAUGUCUUCAAACAAAUCGAAGAAGAGACACACGACACCCCAGAGAAACGAAAGAAGCCCAACGCUGUUCUACUCAGACAUAUGGCUCAGCAUCUGCCUGGCAUGGGAAGAGGAGACGUGCAAACGAUGAUGCUCAGUCAGAAGGUUCAUACGCUAGUCAUUCCAUUCAAUGGCAUUCAUGCCGUGUGA